CUGUCAAAUGGCAUCAAUGCAGGGCAAGGCCUGGCCAUCGAAAUAUUUGCGACCCUACAGCUGGUGCUGUGCGUGCUGGCCACAACGGACCGAAGGAGGACUGAUGUCUCUGGGUCGGCUCCCUUGGCCAUUGGCCUUUCUGUGGCCUUGGGGCAUCUUCUCGCUAUCGAUUAUACCGGUUGUGGAAUUAAUCCAGCCAGAUCUUUUGGUUCCGCUGUGGUGACGGGUAUAUUUGUGAAUCACUGGAUCUUUUGGGUCGGCCCAAUAAUCGGAGGCGCUGGCGCGGCCCUCAUCUACGACUUCAUCCUGGCUCCUCGAACCAGCGACGUCGUUGACCGCAUGAAAGUGUGGACCAGUGGGCAGGUGGAAGAAUAUGAUCUCGAUGCAGAUGACUCCAGAGUCGAGAUGAAGCCAAAAUAAUGGAGCUUCGCGGGAGAAAGCAAAGCGAAGCAAAAGAACCACAAACAACCUUUACCCCAAUUUCUGGAGAUUUUUAUCAGUAUUAUAGACUCUAUAAAACAAGCGGUUCUUCCAAAAUGGUUUUAUAAGUCAUUAAGGUAUCCUCUCUCUCUUUUCUCUUCUAUUUUCUGACCUCGUUAUAUGUGUGGCUUCAUGGUGAGAGAAAUAUAGGGUCACAAUGAUAUCUAUAUAGUGUGAAAUCUCAGGAGAUCUGCUCUAAUGAUUUUGGAAGCCCGGAUUUAGGUUUCUCUAUCCAAAGAGGAUAUAUUGGUAUAUAAUGAAGUCCACGCAAUCAGACAGCAUAUAAUCAGAAAUUAAAGGUGAAAAGAAGUUACCUGAAAGAGAUGCCACUGGUGAAAGAAAGAUUGAUAUUAGACCCAGUUCUGGAAAUGAAAAAUUAUGGGAAAGGACCAGCCAAUUGAACAGAUGGUAAAUUUCAACAUUCCCAGGGGCCAUGGUGUUCUCUAGAAAGUGAUCCAAGGUCCAGAAACAUAUUUUAGCAUAUAAAUUGACCCUACACAAGUGCACAGUGAUUGUCCUCUGCUAUUGGAGCAUAUAAGAAUAGAAGUAGCGCCACGUUGGAUCAAACCAAAGGCCUAUAAAAUAUGAAACUCUUUCCCCCCCAGUGGCUGAUCGUUAUGUGUUUUUUUUUUGCAUAAUUUUAUUCACAAACAUGAGCAUGUAUUAUACUUGGAAAUUCCGGUAGAGAGGUUUGAAAAAUAACUGCGUCUCUCACAACUGGAAACGAUGUCUCUUAUUUUUUCUGAACAGAGCUGGGCAACUUUUUCUACCUUACUUUAACAUCAGACAGGACUGUUGGUCUCCAGGUAAAAUUAGCUGAGGGCCUUUUGUUGUUGUUGUUAAAUUAGUGGAGGGUCUUGAUUGGCCCACGAAGCACCAGUUGGCUGCUCGUUCGAAGAUGCCUCCACAGACAGGGCUGCUGAGAAUCAGUGCAAUCUUUCAGACAAAGAUUCUUGCAGGGUCGCUGCCUCCCAUCCAGAUACAAUCCAAGCAUAUUUUGAAGACAAACCUUGCCCAUAUUCACAGGCUUGCAAGUUGACUAGGGAGGACAUCAGAAUUCUGUCUGCAGAGUUUCUUGGUGGGGUGUAUCGUUAAAGACGUCACAGCUCAAUCUAUCAACAUCCAUCUUCAGAAUGUACCACAAAUGUACAAAAAUGGCAAAACCCUUGGCAUGUAUAAUUUCAGUAUAUACCCUUUAGUGUACUGACAAUGUAAAGAGGAAGGAAGGAAGGAAGGAAGGAAGGAAGGAAGGAAAAGAAAGAAAGAAAGAAAGAAAGAAAGAAAGAAAGAAAGAAAGAAAAA